AAAUUGUUUGAAAAGAGAUUUCAGCAUGAAUUGCUCCACUUUCCCCUCUCUUUUGCUGGCACUGGUUCAACUUCGACUUUGUUCUCCAACCACACAGAACUUCAGUGCUCAAAACACAGAUCAGUCUUACACAACAAUUCAGAGAGUGAAGCGUGGCUGGGUAUGGGAGCCACUUUUUGUAACUGAGGAAGAGACUUCAACGAUGCCUAUGUAUGUUGGACAGCUGAAAUCAGAUUUAGACAAGGAGGAUGGCAGCCUACAAUAUAUUUUGACUGGGGAGGGAGCUGACAGCAUUUUUUUCAUCAAUGAACAUGGCAAAAUUUAUGUGAGACAAAAGCUGGAUAGAGAAAAGAAAUCCUUCUAUAUUCUUAGAGCACAAGUAAUCAAUAGGAAGACUCGUCUUCCUAUUGAACCUGAUUCAGAAUUUAUUAUCAAAGUUCGAGAUAUCAAUGAUCAUGAACCACAAUUCUUAGAUGGACCUUAUGUGGCUACUGUUCCAGAGAUGUCACCUGAAGGUACUUCUGUUACACAGGUAACAGCUACAGAUGGUGAUGAUUCUUCUUAUGGGAAUAAUGCCCGGCUUCUUUACAGUCUCGUUCAGGGUCAGCCUUAUUUCUCUGUGGAGCCAAAGACAGGAGUCAUCAGAAUGGCUUCCCAAAUGGACAGAGAAACAAAAGAUCAGUAUUUGGUUGUCAUCCAAGCCAAAGAUAUGGUUGGACAAGCAGGAGCAUUUUCAGCAACGGCCACUGUUACCAUCAACCUCUCUGACGUCAAUGACAAUCCACCCAAAUUUCAGCAGAGACUCUACUAUAUGAAUGUCUCCGAGGAAGCUCCUGUGGGCACUACUGUAGGCAGACUCCUGGCAGAAGACAGCGACAUAGGGAAGAAUGCAGCCAUGAACUAUUUCAUUGAAGGAGAUAGUUCAGAUGUUUUUGGCAUCAUUACUGACAGGGAGACUCAGGAAGGAAUUAUCUUACUAAAAAAGAGAGUGGAUUAUGAGAGCAAGAGGAAACACAGUGUUAGAGUAAAAGCUGUAAAUAGGUACAUAGAUGAUCGUUUCCUGAAAGAAGGACCAUUUGAAGAUGUAACUAUUGUACAAAUCAGUGUGGUAGAUGCUGAUGAAUCUCCAGUUUUCACUUUGGAGAGCUAUGUGAUGGAGAUUGCUGAAGGAGCUGUAAGUGGCUCAUUGGUUGGAAUUGUAUCUGCAAGAGAUCUGGACAAUGAUGACAGCCCAGUCAGGUAUUCUAUUGUCCAAGGCAUGCAUUUAAAGAGAUUGUUUAGCAUCAAUGAACACAAUGGAACAAUCAUUACUACUGAACCUCUGGACCGAGAGAAAACGUCUUGGCACAACAUAACUGUUACAGCCACAGAAACUAGAAAUCCUGAAAAAAUUUCAGAAGCAAAUGUAUAUAUCCAAGUUCUUGAUGUAAAUGACCAUGCACCAGAAUUUCCUAAGUAUUAUGAAACAUUUGUUUGUGAAAAUGCAGUACCAGGUCAGCUAAUUCAGAGCAUCAGCGCAGUGGAUAAAGAUGACUCAGAAGAAAGUCACCAAUUUUACUUCUCAUUGGCUCAGGAGGCCACAAACAACUCGCAUUUUACUGUCAAAGAUAAUCAAGAUAACACAGCUGGAAUUUUCACAGCAGUAAGUGGCUUCAGUAGACAAGAGCAGUUUUAUUUCUUCUUGCCAAUCUUAAUUCUGGAUAAUGGAUCUCCACCACUUACAAGCACAAAUACACUCACUGUCACUGUCUGUGACUGUGAUACUGAAGUGAACACCUUAUACUGUCGUUAUGGAGCUUUCCUGUAUUCCAUAGGCCUCAGCACAGAAGCUUUAGUUGCUGUUUUGGCUUGCCUACUAAUACUCCUGGUGUUCUUUUUGGCGAUUAUAGGCAUAAGACAGCAGAGGAAGAAGACUCUCUUUCCAGAGAAAGUGGAAGAAUUCAGAGAGAACAUUGUCAGGUAUGAUGAUGAAGGAGGUGGUGAGGAAGACACAGAAGCUUUUGAUAUUUCAGCACUGAGGACACGUACUGUCUUGAGAACACACAAACCUCGAAAGAAAGUCACCACAGAAAUCCACAGCCUCUACAGACAGUCUCUGCAGGUUGGUCCUGACAGUGCUAUUUUCAGGCAAUUCAUUUCAGAAAAGCUUGAAGAAGCCAAUACAGACCCUAGUGCUCCUCCAUAUGACUCACUUCAGACAUACGCAUUUGAGGGGACUGGCUCUUUAGCAGGAUCUCUCAGCUCCUUAGGGUCAAAUAUGUCAGAUGUGGAUCAAAAUUAUGACUACCUUUUAGGCUGGGGACCUCACUUUAAACAGCUUGCAGGCAUGUAUGCUUCCCAAAGGAGUACUAGAGAUUAGUUAUUGUUUGAUCACUUAUUUUUUCCAUAAAUUCUCAACAACCAAAAUCAACUCAGUUUUUAAAAAGGAGGUCAUACCACAUUCAAGCAUAAAAAUAAAGACCUAAGUCUUGGAUGUGGAGAUUUUCUGAAAAAUCAUACCAGGCCUAUCAUUAUUUGAGAGGAUGGGCAUUCUCCAUUUGGGAAAAGAAAAGAAAAG